AAACCACCACGACGAAAGAAGGAUCCCAAUGCUCCAAAGGGACCCGGCAAUGUCUUCUUUUUGUAUUGUCGUCUGGAACGUGACAAGAUCAAAGACGAGUUUCCUCAAGAAAAUCUUGGUGAAGUAACCAAGAUCCUAGGUCAAAAAUGGAAGGGUCUGACAAAAGAAGAAAAACAGGUGGGUUGGGUUUUACCUUUCUUUUUAUUUUUCUUUUAA